UCAAAGGGUCUGGUGUGUAGAUGGAAGUAGUAGAAGGAAGACAAAAGGAAAAUCAAAUGAUGAGAAGAAAGAAGAAAGACGAAAAAGAGGAGAAACCAAGCCACAAUAUUUAAGCGGCCUGCUGAACAAUCAGCCUGACAGGCGCCAGUGUCACCCACACAGCGGCAGUCCCUCGCAGUUUCACAGAGCCAGUCAGGGAGCAGCCACAGCAGGAAGGGCAACACUGCCAGGCAGUCGCGCAUCACUGCUUGUAGGGAAGAGACGUCCACUCACGGCCUUCCGCUCACUGCCGCACUCACUCGCUGCUCGGAGUUGCUACCCCACCUGCCUUCCUGCGCUUCUCGGCGUGAGAAUGCAGAUCACGUCCCUUUGUUUGGCGGUGGCCUUCACCCUGGGCCUGGCUCAUGCUGAGUUGGUGCGGGUGUGUGUGCCUGAGCAGGCGUUUGGACCAUGCGAGGAUAUGAUUCGAGAGCCGGCCUUCUCUUCCUUGACGCUCCAGUGUGUUUUGGGCCCCGACAAGUAUGGGUGUAUGGAGAAGCUGGUGGCGAAGGAGGCUGACACAAUGACGGUGACUGGGGAAGACGUGUACUUGGCUCGUGAAAUGUACAACCUGGAUCUGCAACUGGUGGCCGAGAUGCGUAUUGUGGACAGAGCGAAUGAUGCGUGGCGGUACCAAGGCGUGGCGGUGGUGAGGCGCAGCACAGUUCGAAGCGUGGCAGAUCUGAAGGGCGCCAAGUCAUGCCACACAGGCUACGCUAGGAAUGCUGGCUGGAACAUUCCCUUCUCCCACCUGCUGGAAAUGGGGCAGGUUAAGAUGCAGUGUGAUACCUCAGCGACAGUGGUGGAGCAUGAUAUAUUGGCAGUGAGUCGCUACUUCGGUCAAGCCUGCAUCCCCGGGCCCUGGGUACCUGACAAUGACACAGAUACCCUCCUCAAGAGUAAGUACAGUAGCAUGUGUGCCCUGUGUGGCCAGCCCGGAGUGUGCGGCAGAGACGACCCCCAUGCCGGGUACGCUGGCGCCCUCACCUGCCUCGUGGAUGGCGGUGCUGACGUCGCCUGGAGCAAGAUGUCAGCGGUGGAGGAGUUCUUCAAAGACAGGAGUGAGGUGGCAUCAGAGUAUGGCUUGCUGUGUCCUGAUGAUCGAGUGCUGGAUCUGAGCAGUGCCUCCGUCAAGCAGUGCCGCUGGGCUUCUCGACCCUGGAAUGGCUGGCUUGUCCGCACAGCUAAUAAGAACAACAAGGCCAUCAUCACAGCCAUCACCACAAUGGUCAACGCCGCCCCAUCCCCGCAGGAGGUGAACCCGCGUCCCUGGGGCUCUGCUGUGCUGGGGGUGUCGGAGCCCUCUACUCUCCAUGUAAGGCAGCAGCCAGUCUCCCCUGGUGACUACCUCAAGGAACACAAAUACGACACCACCAUUGACCGCCUGGGCUGCACCGAGGCUCCUGUCAAGCUGUGUGUGGACUCCACGUUCUCAAUGCAGAAGUGUCUGGCGCUGGCUAAGGUGUUCAAGUCACGCAGGAUCCGACCCAGCCUGGAGUGCAUCGGUAAUAACGGCGGCAACUGCCUCAGUGUGGUGGCCCGCAGCAACGCCCACAUCACUACUGCUGACGGUGGUGAUGUUUACCAUGCUUUCAGGGACCAUCAGCUCGUGCCCAUUGUGUCUGAGCGCUAUGGCUCGCUGGACGCUUCCUACUUUGCUGUGGCUGUGGUGCGUGCCAACUCCAACAUCAACUCCCUCAGUGACUUGCGAGGAAAGAAGUCAUGCCACACUGGGAUUGGCAGGACAGCAGGCUGGAAGAUCCCUGUGGUGACUCUGAUGAACGCUGGACUGUUCAGCAAAGGCGACUGUGACUUCCCAAUGCAGAUCGGUAACUUCUUCAGCAGCUCAUGUGUGCCGGGAGCCAAGGAACCCAAGUAUGAUCCCAAAGGCACCAACCCCAAGUCCCUGUGUGAACUGUGUAUUGGCAAUAACGUGAAUGGGGGGCAAGGGCCGGUACAGGGAAAGUGUGACCGGCGACCCAUUGAGGCAUUCUCUGGCUACACUGGUGCCUUCAGGUGUCUGGUACAGGGUGGGGGUGACGUGGCCUUCGUCAAGCACACCACCGUCGGAGAGAACACCAACGGCAACAACAACAUGUCCUGGGCUGCCAACCUCCGCUCCACAGACUUUAAGCUUCUCUGCCGCAACUCAGGGGCUGUUGAUGUCAUUGAUUAUAACACCUGUAACCUGGCCAGAGUUCCCGCACAUAAGGUUAUCAUUGACCCCAAGCUGAGUGCCGUCAUGAAGGAGGAGGUGAGGAUUCUUUUGCUGAGGGCAUCUGAAAUGUUCCCGCCAGGACAGGACGUGUUCAAGAUGUUUGGGACCUAAGGAAAGCAAGACCUCAUCUUUAAGGACUCGGCCACAGCACUGAUCAACGUUCGCAUGGACUCCUUCCAUAAGUCUCUCAAUGACUCCUACUACAAGAUACUGAAGGCCAUGGACGACUGCAAGACAGAGAGCUCCCCACUGCCCUUCACUGGUGGAGACAAUGGCGCCACGACUUUCUCCAUUAUCCCCACCUAUACGAUGCUGUGUGUGGUGCUGGCCUGGCUGCUGGCCCACUGAACUCUCUCUCUCUCACACACACAUACACACACACACACAUGCAUACACACUGACAUCUCACAUAUUAGUAGGUUCUUUCAAAGGGUGAUUUUAAUGCAAUAUUCCCUACUUUUUAUAUUUCUUCCCUUACCAAUAAGCAAUGUUUUUUACACCCCACUGAUCUUGUCACACACACACACACACACACACACUGACAUCUCACAUAUUAGUAGGUUCUUUCAAAAGGUGAUUUUAAUGCAAUAUUCCCUGCUUCUUUAUAUUCCUCCCUUGCCAAUAAGCAAGGUUUUAUACGCUAAUGCAGUUCAUUUGAAAAUUGGUCUAUUUUAUUACAGCUUACUUAUAUAUUUCAAGACCUUUGUCCCUUUCUUUCGGCUGACUCUUUGACCUGCAAGGGGACUGGCAAUUAAAUGGGCCUUUUUAUAUAUUUUUUUUUAUAUUCUUUGAUGCCCUUGGCCAGUUUCCCCUUUUAGAUAAUAAAAAAAAUAUAUUGCUGACUCUCCUAAAGGUAGAUUUAAAAGAUGUGCACAAAUUAGGAAGUUAGUGUGAUGUGCUGUGAUGUUGAUGUAACCUUGAACUGUUUGUAGAGUGAAGGUUGUGAGGUACUGAGGGAAGGUUGUGAAGUACUGAGGGAAGGUUGUGAGGUACUGACAAAAGGUUGUUAGGUACUGAGGGAAGGUUGUGAGCUACUGAAGAAAGGUUGUGAUCCUGAGGAAGGUUUUGAGGUACCAAGUGAAGGCUGUGAGGUACUAAAUCCUUUCUCUACAACACAAAACAAUUAGCACACCAGAAGCAAUGUACAAAAUCAUCAUAACCAUUUACAUGAAAGUUUGUUAAUUUUUUGCUCAUCCAGAUAUUACAUGUUGCGGGACAAGUGAGUGUGUCUUGGAGGAAUUGGUGAUUAGGGGAAGAUGUACCAAGUUGCAGUCAAAGGGUUUAAAAGUGGUGGUUGUGAGGUGUUGUAGUUGUGAUUGACUUUCUAUGCACACCUUCCUAACAGUGAUGGUUAGAGCCAGUUUCAAUCUUCUAGUAAGCUCCUCAAUUUCUUCAGUACCAGAAUACAUUUUCAUAUUCAUUCUGGUUACUAUUUCUGGCAAUUUUAUACAGCUUCAGAGACGUAUGUUGGGAUUAGAAUAGUGAAAACUCAGGCCAUUAAUCUUUUGACUUCUGUAGACCCUCCCUAAUGCAAACAAAAUUGUCUUAUACCCAAAAAUCAAGGUAAAAAAUGCAUCUUGGUAUUGACGGGGUUAACUCGAAUGCUCCCAUGUUUACAAGUGCCUGAACCAAUAUUAUGUAGUUUUAUUUGUAAAGCAGCAAACAAAAGAGGCUGACUGUGGAACCAGCCUUUAGUUAGUCCCCUGCAUAGUCUAAUAUUUGUAUCAGUGAUGUUAAAGUGCAAUACAUAAACUGAAGCCUGGAGAAA